UAAGCUGGUGCUGACUUCUCCCUGCCUCCAGCUCUUGCCUUCCUGGAGCUGAGUGCCAUGCAGGUACAGGAUACACCCCGGCGGCCCUCCGCCAUGUACUUCCUCAGCUCCUUUCUCCAGGGCCGCCGGCAUUCUACCUCUGAUGUGGUCCUGCGGCUGCAGCAGGCCCGGCGUGGCUCUGGCUCCAGCUCUGCCACGAAGCUGUUAUCCUCGUCCUCUCUCCAGGUGAUGAUGGCAGUGUCUUCAGUCAGCCAGGCCGAGGGAAACCCAACUUUCCCCAAGAGGAAAAAGAAUUCAGAACGUCCGACUCCAAAGUACACAAAAGUAGGAGAGCGUUUGCGGCAUGUCAUUCCUGGACAUAUGGCAUGUUCCAUGGCAUGUGGUGGUAGAGCAUGCAAGUAUGAGAACCCAACCCGCUGGAGUGAGGAGGAACAAGCCAUUAAGGGGGUUUACUCAUCCUGGGUCACUGAUAAUAUCCUGGCUAUGGCCCGCCCAUCCUCUGAGCUUCUUGAGAAGUACCACAUCAUUGAACAGUUUCUCAGCCAUGGCAUAAAAACAAUAAUCAACCUGCAGCGCCCUGGUGAGCAUGCCAGCUGUGGGAACCCUCUGGAACAAGAAAGUGGCUUCACAUACCUUCCUGAAGCUUUCAUGGAGGCUGGCAUUUAUUUCUACAAUUUCGGGUGGAAGGAUUAUGGUGUCGCGUCUCUUACCACCAUCCUAGAUAUGGUGAAGGUGAUGACAUUUGCCUUACAGGAAGGAAAAGUAGCUGUCCAUUGUCAUGCAGGGCUUGGUCGAACAGGUGUCUUAAUAGCCUGUUACUUAGUUUUUGCAACAAGAAUGACUGCUGACCAAGCAAUUAUAUUUGUGCGGGCAAAGCGACCCAAUUCUAUACAAACCAGAGGACAGCUACUCUGUGUAAGGGAAUUUACUCAAUUUCUAACUCCUCUCCGCAAUAUAUUCUCUUGCUGUGAUCCCAAAGCACAUGCUGUCACCUUAACUCAGUAUCUCAUUCGCCAGCGUCACCUACUUCAUGGCUAUGAGGCACGGCUUCUGAAACAUGUGCCAAAAAUUAUCCACCUCGUUUGCAAAUUGCUGCUGGACUUAGCUGAGAAUAGACCAGUGGUAAUGAAGGAUGUGUUUGAAGGACCUCGUCUCUCUGCUGAAAUUGAAAAAACUGUGUCUGAGAUGGUCACAAUGCGGCUAGACAAAGAGUUACUAAGGCAUGACAGUGAUGCAUCUGACCCAUUUAACCCCAGUGCAGUGGUGACAGAUAUUGAGAAUCAAGAUGUGAUUCUUUCCAGUGAGCAAGAGUUUGACCCCCUUUGGAAGCGGCGGAACGUUGAGUGCCUUCAUCCCUUGACUGGUCUGAAAAGGCAUCUCAGCUACAGUGACUCUGAUUUAAAGAGGGCUGAGUCCCUCAUGGAACAAGGGGAGACUCCACAGACGGUGCCUGCCCAGGUCUUGCUUUACCACAACUCCAGGCAGCUGAAGCCUGUAAGCCAUCGUUACGUCCCACAGUCUCCAGAAUUAGAUUUACAUAAGGAAGCUUUGGUUCGCAGCACAUUUUCUUUCUGGAGUCAGUCUAAGUUUGGAGGCUUAGAAGGACUCAAAGAUAAUGGGUCACCCCUUGUCCAUCGGAGUAACAUUCCAAAGGAAGCACAGCAGAGUGGAGCUUUGUCUGAAGGUGUUUCAGGCCUACACAGCCCUGGGGAACCACGUUCACCCAAUUUUGCAAAUGUUCAUAAGGAUCUAAACACUUCUCACCAGCAAGUAGGCCACUGUCAGUGUGAAAUUCGUGGUGAUUGGGCUCCUGGCUCUGCUAAGGAGGGCAACAGGGCUCACCAAAGCCCUCUGGAUUGUGUCUCUGCUCCCAAAGCACAGUUCUCAGUUGGACAUGAAACCCAGGACAACAAAGAUCUAUCUGAAGCAACUCCACACUCUGCUUUGCUGUCUGAAUUGAGUGUUGAAGCAAGGAGAAUACUGGCAGCCAAAGCCCUGGCAAAUUUAAAUGAGUUUGUAGAAAAGGAGGAAGUGAAAAAGAAGGUAGAAAUGUGGCAGAAAGAACUAAAUUCCCGAGACGGAGCUUGGGAAAGAAUAUGUGGCGAGAGGGACCCUUUUAUCCUGUGCAGUUUGAUGUGGUCUUGGGUCGAGCAACUAAAGGAACCUGUAAUCACCAAAGAAGAUAUGGACAUGUUGGUUGACAGACAGGCAGAUCCUGCAGAAGCCCUGUUUUUGUUAGAGAAGGGACAACAUCAGACUAUUCUCUGCGUGUUACAUUGCAUAGUGAGCCUGCAGACAGUUCCCAUGGAUGUGGAGGAAGCCUUUCUUGCUCAUGCCAUUAAAGCUUUCACUAAGGUUAAUUUUGAUUCUGAAAAUGGGCCAAUAGUUUACAACACCCUGAAGAAAAUAUUUAAGCACAUGCUGGAGGAAAAAAGAAAAAUGACAAAAGAUAGUCCCAAGCUUGGCCUCUAGUGAAGCUGACUCUCCUUGCAAUGAAUAAUUGCAGACCUAAAUU